CUCAUUCGUUCCUUCACUCUUUGUGUCUAGUUCUUUUUUCUCUCUAGCUCCUUUUCCUUUUCUUCACAGAGCCAUGGGAGCAGUGAUUCUCCCAGAUCUCGGAACCGAGAUUUUGAUUCCUGUAUGCGCCGUCAUUGGAAUAGCGUUCUCUCUGUUUCAGUGGUUUCUCGUCUCUAAGGUCAAGCUCACUGCUUCUAGAGACGCUUCUCCAAACGCCGCCAGCAAGAAUGGCUACAACGAUUAUCUCAUCGAAGAAGAGGAAGGCAUCAACGACCACAACGUUGUCCUCAAAUGCGCUGAAAUUCAGAACGCCAUUUCCGAAGGAGCAACCUCUUUCCUCUUUACUGAAUACAAGUAUGUGGGAAUCUUCAUGGUGGCUUUUGCCGUUUUGAUAUUCCUUUUUCUUGGCUCUGUGGAAGGAUUCAGUACUAGCCACCAGCCAUGCACCUAUGAUCAAACUAAGAUGUGUAAGCCAGCUCUUGCCACUGCCAUCUUCAGCACCGUAUCUUUCUUGCUUGGUGGCAUCACAUCGGUUAUUUCUGGUUUCCUUGGAAUGAAAAUCGCAACUUAUGCUAAUGCAAGAACCACCCUGGAGGCAAGAAAGGGCGUUGGGAAGGCUUUCAUUACUGCAUUUAGAUCUGGUGCAGUUAUGGGAUUUCUCCUUGCUGCAAAUGGCCUUUUGGUUCUUUACAUUACCAUCAACCUGUUCAAGAUUUACUAUGGUGAUGACUGGGGUGGUCUUUUUGAGGCCAUCACUGGUUAUGGUCUUGGUGGGUCUUCUAUGGCUUUGUUUGGAAGAGUUGGUGGAGGUAUCUAUACUAAGGCUGCUGAUGUUGGUGCUGAUCUUGUUGGCAAGGUUGAAAGAAACAUUCCCGAGGAUGACCCGAGAAAUCCAGCUGUGAUUGCUGAUAAUGUCGGUGACAAUGUUGGGGAUAUAGCUGGUAUGGGAUCUGAUCUUUUUGGUUCAUAUGCUGAGUCAUCCUGUGCUGCUCUUGUUGUUGCUUCCAUAUCUUCUUUUGGGCUGAAUCACGAGUUUACUGCUAUGUUAUACCCUCUCAUCAUCAGUUCUGUUGGCAUCAUCGUUUGCUUGCUCACCACCUUAUUUGCAACUGACUUUUUUGAGAUCAAGGCUGUAAAGGAAAUUGAGCCUGCAUUAAAGAAACAGCUCAUUAUUUCCACUGUGCUAAUGACUAUUGGGAUUGCAAUUGUGAGUUUGAUUGCACUCCCACCUUCCUUCACUAUCUUCAAUUUUGGAGUGCAGAAAGACGUCAAGAACUGGCAGCUAUUCUUGUGUGUUGCUGUUGGUCUUUGGGCAGGGCUUAUUAUUGGAUUUGUGACUGAGUACUAUACCAGCAAUGCAUAUAGUCCUGUGCAAGAUGUUGCAGACUCCUGCAGGACUGGGGCUGCUACUAAUGUUAUAUUUGGCCUUGCCUUGGGAUACAAGUCUGUUAUUAUUCCAAUUUUUGCUAUUGCAGUUAGUAUUUUUAUUAGUUUCAGCUUUGCUGCCAUGUAUGGUAUUGCUGUUGCUGCUCUUGGGAUGCUGAGUACCAUAGCCACUGGAUUGGCUAUUGAUGCAUAUGGUCCAAUCAGUGACAAUGCUGGAGGUAUUGCUGAGAUGGCUGGGAUGAGUCACAGAAUUCGAGAGAGAACUGAUGCCCUUGAUGCUGCAGGAAACACAACUGCUGCCAUUGGGAAGGGGUUUGCAAUUGGUUCUGCUGCACUUGUGUCUCUGGCCCUCUUUGGAGCCUUUGUGAGCCGAGCUGGUAUUUCAACAGUUGAUGUGCUAACUCCAAAGGUUUUUAUUGGUUUGAUCGUGGGUGCAAUGCUUCCUUACUGGUUUUCUGCGAUGACCAUGAAGAGUGUGGGGAAAGCUGCUCUGAAGAUGGUUGAGGAAGUACGCAGGCAAUUCAAUACCAUUCCUGGCUUGAUGGAGGGAACUGCUAAGCCUGACUAUGCUACAUGUGUUAAGAUCUCCACUGAUGCUUCUAUCAGAGAAAUGAUUCCACCCGGUGCACUUGUCAUGCUUACACCCCUUAUCGUUGGGAUCUUUUUUGGUGUAGAAACACUUUCUGGUGUCCUUGCUGGAUCUCUGGUGUCUGGUGUACAGGUUGCCAUCUCUGCAUCCAACACUGGUGGUGCUUGGGAUAAUGCCAAGAAGUACAUUGAGGCUGGUGCAUCUGAUCAUGCAAGAAGCCUUGGUCCAAAAGGUUCAGAUCCUCACAAGGCAGCUGUUAUUGGCGACACCAUUGGGGACCCUCUAAAGGAUACAUCUGGACCGUCACUUAACAUCCUUAUCAAGCUGAUGGCCGUUGAGUCUCUUGUGUUUGCUCCCUUCUUUGCUACACAUGGUGGCUUACUCUUCAAGAUUUAAAAAUUUGAUACAGAAGAGCAUCGUCCAUCAAUUUGCUACAAAUUGCAGAACAAGGGAAAAAAAAAGUCAAUUUACCGUGCCAUGCCUUUUCUUUGUUAAUCUUAACUUGGUUGUCAUGCAGAUUCUAUUUGUUUUUAAAAUCUUUCCCUCCCCAACCCCAAAACAAAUUAUAUUUUGUCUCAUCCGUAGUUUUGAGAUACUUAAUUAGGCUGAAUCUGCUGAGAAAAUUUUCCUUGUAAAGAGGAGGUUGAUGAUGACGACGAUGGUAUUUAAAUCUCUUCUGAGUGGUAUGUUUCUUAGUA